AUGGACCCGUUUGCGCGCAGUGGCAUCCCCGCCGGGCACACCGGCGCGGCCCAGGAGGUCAGCGACGCUGGAGGCAGGGGGUACGGAGCAGGAAGAGCGCCUGCGGCGCACAGCGUCGACCACGUGGGCACGCUGUGCAAGGUUCGCUUCAUCCAGGACGACUUCUUCUGCCCAAUGUACAAAGUGGCGGGGUCGUCGGCGGUGUACGUCCUUCUGAAUGAGGGGCCGUUCAGCAUUCGCCUUGACAGCGAGGUUUUUUUGCCGACCGUGGCUAAGCUUGAGGUGAACGGGAAGCUGUUCAAAAGUGAGUACCGCAUCAUGGCGAAUGGGAGUCGGACGGUGAAGGAGGUUCAUGAACCCGGCAUUGCCACGACGAGGGCCUUUGUGUAUCACCCGCUCGUCGUCUUUGACAACGUCCUGCAGCGUGAGGUGAGCCCGGAUGAGAUGGAGUUGCGAACGAUAGAGGAGGCCGAUGAGUUUACGUCGCUGUUCCGCGUCCUCUUUCUUCCCGUGAAGGGCGGCACCGCGGCAACGCGGGAGGGCUCGUGGAAGGUCAAUUACAAGAAGGAACCCGUGGCGGUGGAAAUGGUUCGCAUAGGGCACAGAGACAUGCUGGCGAAAUUGUUUGGCGUCCCACUUGCGGGGCUGGUGAAGUGCUUGCGGCAAGCAUCACUGCGUAAACCCUCCCCUCUGAGCCGCUCCCUGUCGCUGGCGCCGCCGCCUCUGCACGCAACCUCGCUGACUGCGCGCAGGCGAAGUGACGCGGAUAGUUUUCUGCCCAUUCGUAGCUCCAGCAGCGCCAGCUUCAGCCGGUGGGCAUCGCGCUCCACCAGUAUAGAGAGGGCAAGUAGGCCCCGUGCCUCCUCGCUCGCAUGCUUUCUGCGAUCCUCAACAGGUGCUCUGCAGGCCUGUGGGUCGCAGGCGCAGCGGUCGCCGUCCGGCGAGAGGCGUCCCGCAGCGCGCCCCCCAUCGCGACCUCGCUCCCGCCCCACCGCGUCGCGCUCGCCGAAGGCAAGGAAUAAAACCGCCUCAGCCGCCUCACACGACCAAACGCCCUCUCCUCUGGUGCUGCGUGUGCGGCCAACGCCGCGAGACACCUCUCCAACGCUGCUGUCCCUGCAUGCACGGGAGAACGGCCGUCUCGUCAGCACCGCCGCGGCGGGAAGGGAGAGCUCCCCCUUUGCUCCUAAGGACAACAAUUUACUCGAUGGCGAGAAUGCUUUGGCAAAGGAAGAUCGCAAAAAUAACUUGCACCAUAUUUGCGUGGGCUGCAACGCCGUGUUUGAGCGGGAGCGUGUCCUGUUCUAUGAAAUCGUUGCCCGCCUCAAGGAGAAGGUCUUUGCUCUUGAGCAGGAAAAUGCGGAGCUCAGAGAGCGCUGCGAGGGAGAUACAUCUCUCCCUCUGAAUUGCACAGGCGCGGGCGAGCCGCCACCGGCAACGUUGCCUGUAGAUGAUUUAAAUACAACGCUUCCGCCCUCCUCCGGCUUGCAGCAAGACGAGGGCGAUGAGCUGGACUUGACCCCAGUAUUAACGCCAGAUUUAUCCUACGAGAAGAUUCCUAGCAGCGAAGGUGCACUGGGAAACUAA